UGAAGCGCACAGCUGGGUCUGCCCUUUGCUGCUAACCCAUGGGAAGGAGCAGCAGCCCUGCUCCUGAGAUCUGGACCCGUGAAUGAGUGGGGAGCAGGUCAACAUGCAUGCACUCCUCUUUGCAGCCGUGGGGAUACUGCUUCUGCCCUGCGCGUGUGCUCAAAGUGGCAUGGAAAAUGAAGGUGAGAGCCUGGCCAAGCCAACCUUACUGAUCAAAUCCUUCCGUGGACUUCCCGCAAAUUCCAUUGAGGAGAUCCCUAUUUUUGACAUAGAAGGGAUGGAACCCACAACUUCUGUAAAAUUCCAGUGCCCUGAAGAAAGUGCCUCAAAUCUCCAUGUGAAUAAUGCUACCCUGGGGUACCUGAGGAGCUCCUUAAGUACCAGGCUGAUACCUGCCAUCUACAUCCUGGCAUUUGCUGUGGGUGUGCCAGCCAAUGCCGUGACCUUGUGGAUGCUCUUCUUCAGGAACAGAUCCAUCCGCAUGACCAUUUUCUACACCAACUUGGCCACGGCAGACUUUCUCUUCUGCGUCACGCUGCCCUUCAGGAUUGCAUACCAUCUCAAUGGGAACAACUGGGUUUUUGGAGAGACCAUGUGCCGGGUCACCACAGUUAUCUUCUACGGCAACAUGUACUGCUCCAUUCUGCUCCUCGCCUGCAUGAGCAUCAACCGCUACCUCGCCAUUGUCCAUCCUUUCACUUACCGGGUACUGCCAAAGCGUACUUAUGCCUUGCUUGCAUGUGGACUAGUGUGGGCAACAGUUUUCUUGUACAUGCUGCCAUUUUUCAUCUUGAAGCAGCAGUAUUAUCUGGACCAGCUGGGUAUCACCACUUGCCAUGAUGUCCACAACCCGUGUGAAUCCUCAUCACCCUUCCAACUCUACUACUUCAUCUCUUUGGCAUUCUUUGGCUUCUUAAUCCCAUUUGUGGUCAUUAUCUACUGCUACACUGCCAUUAUCAGGAAGCUUAAUACCUAUGAUCAGAGAUGGCUGCGGUAUGUGAAGGCGAGUCUUCUUAUUCUUGUGAUCUUUACCAUUUGCUUCACUCCAAGCAACAUCAUACUCAUUAUUCACCAUGCUAAUUACUACUACAAUACGACUGACCGCCUGUACUUCAUCUAUCUUAUAGCCUUAUGCCUGGGUAGCCUAAAUAGUUGCCUAGAUCCAUUCUUUUAUUUUGUCAUGUCAAAAGCUACAGAUCACCCCACUUCUUACCUUACAAUGGUGAAAUCAUCAUAGGGAACAUGGAAAGCUCUAGUGAGAAAGUACAUUUGGGGGUUCACAUACACAGUAUGGGAAUUUUCAUUCUCUAGCUCUAUUUUUGAGUUCCUAUGAAAUACACUUUUAACAUGCUGAUGUUGAUGUGUAACAUCGGCAGCUUACACUUAAAUGUGGUUUAAUUAACAUACACUGCAGUGCCAACAUUAUGGUAAAAAUUCCCAAACCAUGGGCUGGGGAGAUAGUAUAGGGAUUAAGGCUUUUGCCUUCCAUUUAUGCAGCAAGACCCCAGUUCAAUCUCUUUUCAGCACAGAGCUGGGUAUAGUUCCCAGAACACCACCGGGUGUGGCACCAGAGUGUCCACUCAAAAACAAACAAAAGUAUUUUAAGUAAAAAGGUGCCACCCGUCUCUUUAUGCCAAGGUAUUUUUUCUUGUAGGCCUGGCUGGUACUGAAAGCUCUUUAAUUCUCCAUCUUCCAUCUGUGAGAUUUCUACUCCAGAUAAGUUGGAAGAAGAAUGGGACCAGGGACAAGGGGGCAUCACGAGAAGCUACAAUCUCAGUUGUUCGUAUCUGGUAUAUUGCACUCUUCUGCCUCUCAACUCUACUGCUGGUGCAUCGUCCCUGCCUCUCACUGCAGUCCAGCAUCAUGCUCCACCUGCUAAUGCUCACAGCUUUCUUUUUUUAUCUGGUCAACCUCCUGCUCACAGGCUCCCGCCAGAUCAAGCUUCAGGAGUCAGUGCGAGUGUAGCACUCACAACCUCCAGCUCGGAGACGCUCUGCUUCCCACCGUGUCUGGAAACAAUGACCAAGAGCUGGCCUGGCAUUAGGGGCACUUUUUAACCCAAUAUUCCGAUAAACCUGACUGUAAUGGAGGCAAUACCCACACUUCUUGCUUCCGUGAUCUUGAUUUCUCUUCUCUUAGGCCCUGCCCGACUGCACAGCUAUUUCUAAUGAUUGUCCACAUUCUUUCCAUUUUUCAGACUCUUUAAGAACCCAGUUUCUCUGAUUCCCAAGCAAAAAAUUCUUUCUUUUCUCAUCUGGUUUAUUAAAGAGCUGAUAUAUAUGUAUAUAUGUGUGUACAUAUAUAAAUGAACAUAUAUAUAUACAUAUAUAUAUAUAUUUUUAAUGCUAUAGCUGGUGGCAUCCAGGAAAGGGCCACGCAGAGGCCAAGAACAAAGCCAGGCCCUUAUGCAGGUUAGGUUUAUGUUCUACUACCCGAGUCACAUUCCUGGCUCACUUGCUUGUAUUUUAUUACAAUACUAUAUAUACAGCUCACAUACAGACACGCAGUGAUACCAUGAACACUUAUUAGCAGGGAAGAGACUCAUUCUUUUCCUUGAAUGCAUCAGAGCAAUCUCCAGGCCUACAUUCUCCCAGAGUCGGUCUGUAAGGGCCAGCUCCAAGCUUGCACAUUAUGUGAAUGUAAGAAUAAAAUCCCAAAGUAUUGGGACACCAUGAAAGCCCAUUAAAUUCAUGUUGAAAUGAAUUUCUGUACUGCAUGAGAUAACAUAAUUUUUUUGCUGGGAAAGUGGGGGGGGGAGGAGCUAAACUAAGAAUAUAUUCAUAAUGUCAUUAUAUUUUUAAAAUAAUGCCUCUACUAUUUUAUAGAUGCUUUUUAAUUGUGAAAUAAUAUUUACUACAAAUAUCCGGUAUACUCUCGUAAGUAAAGAUCGCCCUUAAUUUAGGGAGCAGAUGAGUGGGUUAAGGGCUUGAAGGAUUGCUAAGCUAAAUUUGCAGAUAUGUAGGAAUAUGCAUUGCCUCUAUACUUUGUAGACCAUCCAAACAAUAAAAUAAAAGACAAUUUAAAUGGA